AUGUCGGAGCCGGGCGAGGAGGAGGCGGCGGCGGCGGCGGCGGGGCGGGAGCGCGGCAAGCGUCCGGGCAAGAAGAAGGGCCGGGCGGCGGCCGCCCUGGACCCGCUGGAGCACGCCUGGAUGCUGUCGGCGGCGUCCGGGCGGUGGGCCGGCCUGGAGGGCCUGCUGGCCUGCGAGCCGGCCCUGCUGGCCAAGAGGGACUUCGUCACCGGCUUCACCUGCCUGCACUGGGCCGCCAAGCACGGGCGCCACGAGGUGCUGGCCACCCUCGUGCACUUCGCCGCCCGCCGCGGCCUGGCCGUCGACGUCAACGCCAGGACCAGCGGCGGCUACACCGCCCUGCACCUGGCCGCCCUGCACGGCCACCUGGAGGUGGUGAAGCUGCUGGUCGGGGCCUGCGACGCCGACGUGGACAUCAGGGACUACAGCGGCAGGAAGGCCUCGCACUACCUCGACCGCGCCGCCGCCGAAGGCGUCAAGGGCCUGGUCGGCGACGAGGGCGACGAGGCCGACGCCGCGCCGGACGCCGGGCCGCGGCGCUGGAGGCUGUCCAGGAUGCUGCCCUCGCACCCCGCGGCCCACAGGCCGCCGCGCCCGCCGGCCGCCGGCAGGCCCGGGGAGCCCGCCGACCGCGGGGCGUCCAAGCCCAGGCUCGGGAGGCUCCGCUUCCGCGCCCAGCCCGCCCGCCCCGGGGAGCCCGGGCCCCGACCGCCCGAGGACGGGGACGAGGAGGCCGACGGGACCGGCGGGGCCGGCGUCUCCGGCUAG